UUCAGAAACAGUCCUCACAGUGGCAGAAGUGAGCAAACCUGCAACAAAUCCAAAUGACUGACCUAAUAUAUGAUGCUGAAUGGAUCACAAAUACAACGUUUUAUGAUUACACCCCAAUGGAAACUAAUUAUUGUUUAAUGGAUGAGACCUCCAGAUUCAGCGCUACAUUUACUUGCAUCCUUUAUUCUCUGAUCUUCUUCUUCAGCCUGCUAGGAAACAGCCUAGUCUUGUGGAUUGUAAUGAAAUAUGAAAAUCUCAAGUCCUUAACAAACCUCUUCAUCCUGAAUCUUUGCAUCACUGACUUGACCUUCUCAUGCACUCUGCCUUUCUGGAUUGCAUAUCAUUAUUAUGGAUGGAUUUUUGGUGGCUUUCUCUGCAAGGCUGUGAGUGCUGUCUUUUCUAUCAGCUACUAUGGUGGUGUCAUCUUUCUCACCAUCAUGACUAUCCUGCGGUACCUGGCUGUAGUUGAUCCCUUAUCAACAAUGAGAACACAGACAAAAAAAUGUGGCAUGCUGGUAAGCUUGGCCAUUUGGAGCAGCAGUGUAAUGGUUGCGGUACCUGAGAUCAUUUUUAUCCAAGUCAUAAUUGAUACUGAUGGCAAACAGCGCUGUGAGUACCAAGAGUCAUUCACCUGGAAGCUGGUAGAGAUGAGCGUGCAAAUAACAUUUUUCCUCCUAUCUUUUCUUAUCAUUGUAGCUUGUUAUAUUGGUAUGCUUAAGAUUCUGCUUAGAUCAAGGUCUCAAAGGAGGCACAGAACUGUGAGACUCAUAUUUGCCAUUGUGGUGGUCUUUUUCUUGAGUUGGGCCCCUUACAACGUGCUUAACUUUGUGUACGUUUUGUCUCUUCAGCAUGUCAUCAAACCGGAAUGUCAAACCCGCAAUCACAUCUUCUUUGCUUUUGACAUCAGCCGCAAAAUAGCAUACUGUCACUGCUGUAUCAACCCAAUUCUCUAUGUCUUUGUUGGAGUGAAAUUCAGAAGAUACCUGAAACUCUUGUGUGAGCAGUUCUCCCCUUACCAUGGAAGAAUCCCUCCCUCUAGCCCAAGAAUGCGUUUGUCACAUUUGGGUCCAUAUGAUGAUGCAUCCAUAUACUGAAGCAAAGAUUCCUGGACAGGAUGAGGCAGAAAACAGGGCAACCAACAUGAGAAGCUAAAUGGAAUAACUGAGAAGCUCUUCAGAUACACAAAGUGCAUUCUCAAGCUGCUCAACCCACAUCCUUGCCUCCAAGGAUUUUUGAUUUUAUAGUAAUUUUAUUCUGACAAUAUUCUGCAAGCUACUUGCAAUGCUUUUCAUGUAUAUAAAAUGGGGUAUAAAUAUUCUACAUUUAUAAAAUCCUAAUUUUAGCAUUCUUCUACAGGAGGGUGGGGAUGUAACAUAGAAUCUCAGAGUUGGAGAUGAUGUAGAUCAAUCCUCUGCUCAGUACACAAAUCCAGAGUGGAAGUUUCUUCUCAAAAAGUGCUUCCCAAGCUUCUGUUUGAAGACUCCCAGCAAAUGAAAAGCGCUUCAUGUCAAAUUGCUGUUCAUAUUAUAAAAUCUCUCUUCCUGUUUUCUUUAGAGUUUUUCUCCCUUUCCAGCGAAAAAGAUUUUUCCAGAUAGAGGAUCAGAUGUUCACUGUUGUUUCAGACUUUGUUUUUCAAAUUAGAAAUGAAAGGUGUAUUCUGUUUUAGGUAAUGCCAAGAAAUGUUUUUGUUUUUAAGUUAAUAAAAUGGUGUUCUAAUCUCUGCAAUCUUAUAAUGAUGUACAAAUCAAAAUAUGGUUAUGUAGAACUUGGCCUGCCAACAUUAUUUGAAAUGUAUGU